AUGAAGAGACAACAUCAAGAGGGACCACCGGUAUCACAAACCAACAGGGAACGACGCUUGCCAUACGUCAGGGCCCCCGCCCCACCUUCCCUCCACUAUGAAGAAGGCCCAUCGAGGCCGAGGACAGGGACUCACCGUAAUGAAAGAGGUAUGCUCCCCUUAUUAUCCGCUCAGAAUUUUUGUGUAUCAUCUACAAAAAUAGUCUAUGCUCUAGAGAAACUCGGAACAAAGGUGAAGUGGCCGCCAAAUAUAAGAUCCGAUUCGAGCACCGAAAAAUCUGACGCCCUCUGCGAGUUCCACCAGGAAUGCGGACACAAAAUAGAAGAUUGUAUCGCCCUCAGGCAAGAAGUUAUAAACAUGCUGCGGCAGGGACACCUCAAAGAGCCGCUGAGUGACAAGGGAAGGAAUAACUUUGCCAGAGGACGUGAACACCAAGGUCCACCGAAGCCGCCAUCACCAGCUCGUACUAUCAACAUGAUCAUCGGUGACAAAGACAUCGCCUCUAUCAAUGGCAUUAAAUUCACCACCACUCAAAAGCUCAAACAAUCUAUCACCCGCGAACGGUAUGACGGACUCGAAGAAAGUAUUACCUUCGAUGAGUCAGAUGCCGAUGGUUUGACUUUCCCUUAUAAUGACGCUAUCGUCAUUACUUUGCGCAUUUUAGAUACUGAUGUCAAACGUAUCAUGGUGGAUGAUGGAAGUGGAGC